AUGAACUUUGAGGACGUGGCCAUUGUCUUCUCUGAGGAGGAGUGGGGGCUCCUUGAUGAGGCUCAGAGACUUCUCUACUGCAAUGUGAUGCUGGAAGUGUUUGCACUUGUCUCAUCAACAGGUUGUUGCCAUAAAACAGAUGAUGAGGAGACCUGUUCUGAGCAGAGUGUAUCUGUACAAGGAGAGUCACAGGUCAGGACAUCUAAGACAGAGCCAGCAACCCAGAGGACUCAUCUGUGUAAGCGGUGUUUCUCCUUGUUCAAAAAUAUUGUGCACCUGACUGAGUCACAAGCAGCAUACCUUGAGCAGAAAGCCUUCUUCAAUGACACAAAUGUGAGAGACUUCUGUUUCAGUGCAAAUCUUCGCCAGCAACAGAGGAAAGCCAGUGGAGAGAAGCCCUGGAAAGAAGCUGUGGACAGGGCCUCGUUUGUGACCAGGUGCAGCUUCUACUUAUCAGGGCUGCCUUCAUCCAGGAGGGAGGUUGGGGAAGACUUGCCAGCCAUCUCAGAGCUUCUCCAACAGAAGGCCCCUCUCGACACUGAGGAGUCACACAGUGGCAGUGAGAGUUCCCAGAAACUUCUCAGUGGAAAAUGUCAUAACAAGUGGGGUCAAUGUGAAAAUGCUGCCAGCCACAACCAGAAAGUGGUUCAACAGAGCGUCUGCAAGAGAGAUGUGAAUUAUGCAUGGAAGAAAUCUGGAAAUAUUUUUAGAGGAAUCUCUAGCCUGAUUGGACAUAGGAAAGUUCACAGUGGACAAAAGCCGUAUGAGUGUAGUGAUAGUGGGAAGGCCUUUGGAUGUAAGACUAACCUCAAUCAACACCACAGACUUCACACUGGAAGAAAGCCCCAUGUGUGUAGUGGUUGUGGGAAGUCAUUCAAGUAUAUCUCUGAUCUUAAUCGGCACCAGAGAUUUCACACUGGGGAAAAGCCAUAUGAGUGUAGUGAUUGUGGGAAGGCCUUCGGAUAUAAGACUAACCUCAAUCAACACCACAGACUUCACACUGGAGAAAAGCCCUAUGUGUGUAGUGAUUGUGGGAAGUCAUUCAGGUAUAUCUCUGUUCUUAAUCGCCACCAGAGAGUUCACACUGGGGAAAAGCCAUAUGAGUGUACUGAUUGUGGGAAGACUUUCAGUCAUAGGUACAACCUCACUCGACACCAGAGAGUUCACACUGGAGAAAAACCUUAUGAGUGUAGUGAAUGUGGGCAGUCCUUUAGAAUAAGGUGUACCUUUACUAAGCACCAGAGAGUUCACACUGGAGAAAAACCUUAUAAGUGCAAUGAAUGUGGGAAGUCCUUUAAACAAAUGUGUACCCUGAAAGAACACCAGAGAGUUCACACUGAUGAAAAACCGUUUGAGUGUGGUGAAUGUGGGAAGUCCUUCAGACAAAGGCAUGCCUUCACUGAACACCAGAGAAUUCACACUGGAGAAAAACCUUAUGAGUGCAGUGAAUGUGGGAAGUCCUUUAGAGGAAGGUUUAACUUCACUGAACACCAGAGAAUUCACACUGGUGAAAAACCUUAUGAGUGUAGUGAAUGUGGGCAGUCCUUCAGACAAAGGCGUACCCUUUUGAACCACAAGAGAGUUCAUACAGGAGAAAGGCCUCAUGAGUGUAGUGAAUGUGGGAAAUCUUUUAGCUGA